AUGAUGGAUGUCAAGAGCAGAGAGGCAGCUGGCGGGAAGCGCAGCAAGUCCGCAGCCGAAGCUGCUCUGAAUAGGGGGCGUCAGGUAGGAGAGAUCCCGCGGAAGCUUCCACAGACGGCUUGCUACAAGACAGAAAAACUUCGAGAUGCGGACGGACAGCUUACGCUCGCCGCUCAAGCCGCGCGGUUUCUAACCAACCUCGCCACUGGCGACUGCUCCAUCUACGGCAUCGGCGAGGAGGGUUCUAGCAGCUCCGUGUUUUUGAUGACUGCGUGGAACCACAAUGCUGCCAGGCCAAAGCCUCUGGGGCGGCCCACCAAGAGCAAUGCCUUGCUCGAGACGGUCUACUGGGACACGAUGGGAAAUCCGAGUUGCACCUGCGAUCGUGGCCGUUUGAGCUUUGGUGCACCUUGCGUUCACAAAUUGGCCUUGCAAGCGCUCCAGGAACGUCGGCAAUCGAGCCAUGUCUCAUUGCAGAAGGGGCAGAGGGUGGUGGAGGCGCCGUGCAGUGGCGUGGGGCAAAGAGUGUUCGGAGUGUGCUGGAAUGUCGCUUUCCCCUCGCCUGAAAGGACGAUGGUGCACUUCAGCGCGGGGGCAGAGUUUCAGUGGUACUGCAAGGGGAGGCGUGGGGGCUGCAGCAAGACGGACGACUGCAGUCAUCUUCAGGAGGUCAAAAGAGCGCUACAGGAGAGAGAGGGGGUGAGCAGACUGGAGGGUUGCCUCUUUUCGGAAUCGCAGCUGGAGCGGGCAAAAUUGUGGCUGCACCGGAGGGACGGUGAGGUGGCGGCUGGCAAGGAGCACGUCGCUUCCACGCCCUCGCAAGCUGGUAAAGAAAGUUGCAGUGCGGUCAGCGACGUGGACGGGGAAAAGCUUGAGGUCCUCACGGAUGAGGAGCGUUAUCUGCUCAGCCUUGUUGCCGGGGAGCCGCACGAUGCAGUCUGCAAGGGCGACGCCUGCUUCUGCCAGAUCCCUCGCUAUUUGGUGGAGAGCCCGGCUGGGAAGCGUUCGCGAGCAGAAACGGAAGAUGGGGGUCUCGUCACAGGGUCUUCACAACGGGGAGUGAAACGAAGGUCAAAAGCCUUUUGGGCAGCUCAGGCAGUGGAAGCAGCGGGCGAUGGGCACGAAGAUGUGGCGGACCUUGGGGGGGGUGGGCCGUCAGCAUGCACCGCGAGGGAGCAAGGGAAAGGCGUCGUUCGUGUAUGCGACAGUUGCACUUGCCCUUCGUCGGCAUGCCUUCACGUUGAGUUGGCACGUGUUGCUGUUGUCAUGCCCAUGGGCGCAGAGGGCAUCCAGGUGGAGACUCCGAAGCUAGUGCGCCCGACAGACGGCUUGGCCGUUCAUGACCCCCCCGUCACUCUGCUGAAGCAGCCGGUGAAAGUCCGCAUCUAUUGCUGCAAUUGUCCGGAGAAGCACACGGUUCACUUCAACGGGGAAGCCUUGGGCUUGUACGCCUGGACCAGGAGCGUCAUCGUGACACAAGCAUCUUGUCAACUGCUUCUGCGAUGCGUGCAAGGCACCGGCUCUACCUGCAGCGCUCUUUUAGACGCCAAGAACGCCGUCCGCCAGUUCUACUUGCUGGGUGCCAAACCUCUGUCGAGCGAGACCUGGCGGAGGGCAAGUCUGGGCUUCUUCAAGCUCUGCGGCCGCUCCAUCUUGGAGUGCUGCAGCAUCUGCGGGUCUCAUCCCGCGGUCUUCCUCUGCGACGGGAUUGCAGGCCUCGCCUGUGCGGAUGGUGGGCGCCAGAAAGGGGGGCUGGCUGGCACGAGCGCGGCGCAGCUGCGGCCGUUCACGGCCCCAAGCCAAGAUUCCGCUGGGGUGAACGUCGAGAAGGUGAUGCAGCCGGGGGUGAAUUUCUGUGCAACGGCUUUGGACGGCGGGGGGCCGAAACGGCGUCUCCUGCAACAGCCGGAGUUGCGCACGUUGCUGGCUCGAUUCAGUCGGCAUCACCCGAAGGACCCUGAUCUUGGAGCCCAUUUGAGCAGUAGAGAGUUUGACGAGCUGAUGGUCGCACUUGAUCGAGAUGACGUACAAGUCGUCACCGAGUUCUUUCCAGACCCUGACAAACCGGCUGCUGACCCGGUCCUUCUUCACUGGCGCCGCCGCCUUCUUCUGGACCAGACCGGCUUGAUCCGGUCGAAAAACCGGGCGCUGCUGGUGCUCAUGGAAGGGAUCAAGGCAGAGGCUCUGCAAAGCGAUCCCGGGCAGAGCCCGCCCCGCUGCCCUGGAAAGUGGUCGGAGCUUCUGUACAGCCUCGGCACUCCCAAGUCCGUCUCGGACGAUAGCAAUAUCAUCCAGCAUGGCCGCAGUUUAGCGGUGGUCAGGAAGCUUCUCCUGGGAAGAGUGGCAAACCUAGACGACCGGGCGACUUUGGCUGAGCAUUCCCCCGUCUUGCGCCGAUUGCUAGACCACUACGGCUUUACGUUCCCCUCCUUCUUUCUUCCAACACUGCACCAUCUAUACCGGCUCGCUCUGUUCGGCCGCGGAGCGGUUGGUCUAGGGGUGGGACGCGCUGGGGUCACGCUCUCUGCCAUUGAGGGGCUGGACUACUGUGUUUGGUCAGCGCGGGACCUAGUGGAGCAGCCGCACACAUGGACCGCACACCGCCAGCAGGCUCUCGCAUUUUGGGAGGCGCGAGCUAAUGCUUUGCUACCCGCGGUAGAGCAGCUUUCGCAGCCACAAGCUGCGGUUUAUCCCCUCUCGAUACCGGAGACAGUGCUUUGGAACGGGCGGCUCGGCUUGGAAGCAGAUGGUAACAUCCUCCCCAAUCUCCAUCCCGACCAUCCGUUCUGCAAGGAAUAG